AUGCUUAUAUUCUUACUGAGACUUGGCUUUCGGAUGACAUCUCUAAUUCUGAAUUAUAUUUUGAUGGGAGGUUCAUUAAUUGCUGUCAAGAAAGAGCUAAGACCAACCUUAAUUACGACUUCAUUCGACACUUGUGAGCAAGUUUUUGUUCUCCUCACUCUAGCCGGUGGUCUCUCAGUAUUUUUAGCUGGAGUAUAUUUACCUCCUGGUACAAAUUUGUUUGUGUAUGAGAGUCAUGCUGAGGCCUUAGACCAGGUAUGGAGAUCUUAUAAUUUUGAUCUUGGUUUAGUAUGUGGUGACUACAAUUUGCCCAAUGUUGAGUGGUCCAUCUGUGGUUCGGAUCUUGUCUAUACAGGUAAUAUAACUGAUAAGGUCCGUCUUGUAGGCGAUCAGUUUAGUUUCCUUCACUUCGUCCAGAAGAACCAAAUUCCCAAUAACUCUGGAUCUCUUCUUGACCUAAUUUUCUCUAGUUAUGAAUCCACCAUAGUCCAGCAGGCCACAGAUUUAUUAGUUCCAUGUGACAUUUACCACCCAGCACUGUCUAUUUCCUGUCCCGUUCCUUCAGCCCUUCCUAUGCUUGACGCUCAACACACAUAUUAUGAUUUCAAAAAUGCUAACUAUGAGAGGAUUAUUCAUAGACUUGAGAUCACUGAUUGGUGCAACGCCUUAGAUACAAAAUCCGCUGACCUUUCUGUUGAUUUUUUACAGAAAACACUGCUCGAUUGUAUUCGUGAAUGCGUUCCAUUACGAAAUUUUCGGAACUCUACUUUUCCUAUAUGGGUCUCAAGUAAGCUUAAGAAACUUCUCGCUAUGAAAAAACAAUCGCAUAAACAAUAUAAAAUGUUAGGUGGUCUUAAUCGUUAUUCAAUCUUCUCUCAACUACGCGCCCAAUGUAAAUUUGAAUCGAGGUGUCUCUAUAGUCACUAUUUGCGUAACAUACAGAAUCGUCUAUGUGUAGAUCCUAAAUCAUUUUGGAAAUUUGUUCGUAGUAAACGUGGUGUCUCUACAAUACCAGAUGAGGUUCAUCUUGGGAAGUCUAAGGCCUCCAGUGACCAAGUUGCUUCUUUGUUUGCUUCUCAUUUCUCAUCUGUUUAUAGUGACUCACGAUUUACCUGCAAUGAUUUAUCCGAUGAGAAAGGUGUUUUCCCCUCUUUGUGGAAAAUAAAUCGUGUUACGCCAAUUUUCAAAUCUGGGAAUCCGGCUGAUGUCGCUAACUAUAGACCCAUCUCCGGCCUUCCUCUCCUGGUUAAACUGUUUGAGUCUAUAGUACUGAAACGAAUCGAACGUUGUUUCUUAACCACCUUAUCAAUUGACCAACAUGGGUUCUUUCCAGGUCGCUCGACUGCGACUAGUCAUGUAGUUUUUGCUUCUUACCUUCAUGCGGCGUUUGAAUUAGGUAAUCAAGUUGAUGUGAUAUAUACUGACUUUUCUAAAACGUUCGACUCCAUAGACCACAAUGCACUUCUUUAUAUCCUCGACAGACUUGGUGUUGGUGAGCCACUUUUAUCAUGGUUUAGAUCUUACCUUAGUGACCGUCAACAAUUUGUCAACCUCUUCGGGAAGACAUCUGAUCUCUUCUGUGCAUCGUCCGGUGUUCCACAAGGUAGCCAUUUAGGUCCCUUAUUAUUUAAUAUUUUCAUUAAUACUAUGUGCUCAGUUGUUUCCCCUUGUCGUCUCCUACUUUUUGCUGAUGAUUCUAAAAUUUUUCACACGAUUACCUCAAAUAAUGAUUGCCUCACUCUCCAGAACACCCUUGAUAAAUUCACCAAUUGGUGUAGUACGUUUAAUUUAUCUCUUAAUAUCUCUAAAUGUAAAGUCAUGACUUACUAUCGCUCUAAGGCAGUGAUAUCUUUUGACUAUAGACUUGAUGGUAUAUCUAUUCAACGUGUUAGCCAGGUCCAUGAUUUAGGCAUUUUAUUUGUACCUUCUCUUAAUUUUAGCCCUCAUAUUGAUUAUAUGACCAGCAAAGCCUUUCGUGCUUUGGGAUUCAUAAGGCGUCACUCUACUAAUUUUAGUUCUGCCGACUGCUUUCUAGCUCUUUAUAAUGCUUUAGUCCGUUCGGUCAUUGAAUAUGGGUCUAUUGUUUGGUCACCAUAUACCACAGUUGACUUUUCUCGGAUUGAUCGUGUACAAAACAGUUUUAUGCGUUUCACCGGUUAUUGCCUCAACAUUCCUCAUCCGCCACAUGAUUAUGGGCCAGUAAGCCAAGUUCUGAGACUAAUUCCCCUUUCUGUAAGGCGUGAUAAUUUUGAUAUCACUUUUAUUCAGCGUCUGAUCGAAGGUCAAGUUGAUGCCCCAAGACUACUUGGAGAACUUAGCUUUCGUAUUCCUAGUAACACUAGGCUUCAGUGUAAUUUUUAUAUACCCACCAAUAAAUCGAACUUCUCCAGGAAUGCCCCACUUAUAAGGAUGAUGCAUAAUGCAAAUAAUCAUAUAGACUACUAA